CGAGCCGUUGGGCCUGGCUCGGAGAAGGCGUUGCCGCCGCCGCCGCCGCCGCCACUGCUGCCACUGCCACCAGGAAACACAGGAGCGGGACCAAGCGCAGCGUGGUGAUGGGCGGGAGUAGAGCCCCGCCGGAGAGGCUGGGCGGCUGCCGGUGACAGAUUGUGUUCUGUUCACCUUGCCUCCUGCAUGUCCUGCUGCCCUGAGCUGUCCCGAGCUAGGUGACAGCGUGUGACGCUGCUACCAUGAACGAGGUGUCUGUCAUCAAAGAAGGCUGGCUUCACAAGCGUGGUGAAUACAUCAAGACCUGGAGGCCCCGGUACUUCCUGCUAAAGAGUGAUGGCUCCUUCAUUGGCUAUAAGGAGCGUCCCGAGGCCCCUGACCAGACCCUGCCCCCACUAAACAACUUCUCUGUUGCAGAAUGCCAGCUGAUGAAGACUGAGAGACCGCGGCCCAACACAUUUGUCAUACGCUGCCUACAGUGGACCACAGUCAUCGAGAGGACCUUCCAUGUAGACUCUCCAGAUGAGAGGGAAGAGUGGAUACAGGCCAUCCAGAUGGUCGCCAACAGCCUCAAGCAGCGGAGCCCGGGUGAGGACCCCAUGGACUACAAGUGUGGCUCUCCUAGUGACUCUUCCGCGGCUGAGGAGAUGGAAGUGGCAGUUAGCAAGGCGCGCGCCAAGGUGACCAUGAAUGACUUUGACUAUCUCAAGCUCCUCGGCAAGGGCACCUUCGGCAAAGUCAUCCUGGUGCGGGAGAAGGCCACCGGCCGUUACUACGCCAUGAAGAUCCUGCGGAAGGAGGUUAUCAUCGCCAAGGAUGAAGUUGCCCACACGGUCACCGAGAGCCGGGUCCUCCAGAACACCAGGCACCCGUUCCUCACUGCACUGAAGUAUGCUUUCCAGACCCACGACCGCCUGUGCUUUGUGAUGGAGUACGCCAAUGGUGGCGAGCUGUUCUUCCACCUGUCCCGGGAGCGUGUCUUCACGGAGGAGCGGGCCCGCUUUUAUGGCGCAGAGAUUGUCUCAGCCCUGGAGUACCUACACUCGAGGGACGUGGUAUACCGAGACAUCAAGCUGGAAAACCUCAUGCUGGACAAAGAUGGCCACAUCAAGAUCACUGACUUCGGCCUGUGCAAAGAGGGCAUCAGUGAUGGGGCUACCAUGAAAACUUUCUGCGGGACCCCUGAAUAUCUGGCGCCCGAGGUGCUGGAGGACAACGACUACGGCCGGGCCGUGGACUGGUGGGGGCUGGGCGUGGUCAUGUACGAGAUGAUGUGCGGCCGCCUGCCCUUCUACAACCAGGACCACGAGCGCCUCUUCGAGCUCAUCCUCAUGGAGGAGAUCCGCUUCCCGCGCACGCUCAGCCCUGAGGCCAAGUCCCUGCUUGCUGGGCUGCUUAAGAAGGACCCCAAGCAGAGGCUCGGUGGGGGGCCCAGUGAUGCCAAGGAGGUCAUGGAGCACAGGUUCUUCCUCAGCAUCAACUGGCAGGACGUGGUACAGAAGAAGCUCCCACCACCCUUCAAACCUCAGGUCACAUCUGAGGUUGACACAAGGUACUUCGACGACGAGUUCACCGCCCAGUCCAUCACAAUCACGCCCCCGGACCGCUAUGACAGCUUGGCCUCGCUCGACCUGGACCAGCGGACUCACUUCCCCCAGUUCUCCUACUCGGCCAGCAUCCGGGAGUGAGCAGUGAUGCCCGCCUGCCCGCUGCCACUACCACGGGACACUCAUGGUUGCCACCACCACCGGGGUUGGGGGGGACUUUUUCCUUUUUUUUUUUUUUUACUUUUUAUUUUGCCUUUUUUGUUUGCAUCUCCAGCCCUCAUCCCUGCACCCCCAUUUCCAGUUUUUUUCUUCAGUCCUCUGCCAAACUCCCCUCAGCGGACCCAGCGGCCCUGCCUCCAGAAUCCUGUCCUGCUCUCACCUCUGUGCCCAGAUCAGGACUGGGAAACUCCCCAGCCUGCCCCAGGACUGGGCCUUUGAGCAGUUGGGAAGAUUUUGGUUUUUAAUCAACACGAGCCCCAGUGGGGAGCACAGGUGGAGUCGGGAGCCUGCCUGAAUUGCCAGCCAGGCGCCCACAGCUGCCUGCCUCUGCACUGUCCCGCCCUUGGAGAGUCGACAGCACCUGGGCCUCCUUCCACACCUGUCAUUAAGCUCCAAGUGGCCUGGCAAGGGGACAGUCCAGCCCCCUCCUCACACAGGGGCAGAAAAGCAAUAAUGUCCAGGGCCAUUGGGGCCUUUGGGAGCUGUGGGGGCAGAGGUUUAGAGCUCCCCCGUGAGGCUGGGGUCAGUUAGCUGGUGGGGAACCCGAAGGGGCCAAAGGGUUGGGCGCUGCCUCCCUUGUGCUCCAUGCUGCUCUCCUGACCCUACGGACAAGGCAGGAGGAACAUUUCAGGGGCUGGCCUCCCACCCCCCCAGACCCGUGCCUUACCAGGGCUUCCUUCCAGCUGGCCUUACCACCCACUGGACCUGAGCCUGGCCCCGGUCCCUCCAGGAUGGGGGCUGGGAUCGCUUCUCUCUGCCUGGGGCCGAGGGGCACCAGCCUCGGCUGUUACACAUCUUGCACCGAGACAGUAUUGGGCCCCGUGGACUUGGGUUGAGGAGGGGGCAGGGAUGGGCAUCUCGGGUACGAACUGGGGUGGGGCCCUCUAAGAAGAGAGGCUUCAGGCCACCUCACCCUUCCCCCUCCCCAGCCCCAUGUUCUGCAGCCUUAAGGUGAACGUGCGUCAGUGCUGGAGGCACUCGCAUGCAUGUGUGCCUUGGACUGUGCGUGGGUGUCCAGGUGCAUCUGAGACAUAGAUGCACCCAGGGUGCGUGUGUAUGUGGGUGUGUUGGGUAUGUGUGUGUGAGGGCAAGUGUGUCCAGGCCUCAAGUGUGUGUGGUGUGUGUGGGCUUGGGCCUCUGGCCCUGACCCCAGCCUUUCAUCGCGGGGAGGAGGGGUGCUCGCCUAGGCAGGGAGCCACACCUGUGGUCCACUUGCUGCCCUGUUCCCCUCUUUCCCACCAACAUCUCCGGGUAUUUGGAAUGUAGUUUUUGUGGUUUUGAUUGCCAGCCCCCCAACCCCCACCGCCGUAGGUAGUUCACAGAGAGACAUCUGGGGUGGGGUGGGGUGGGGUGGGGUUGGUUUGGGGAGGGUGGGAGGUCUCUUUUCCUUUUUGUGUGUGUCUGUCAUUUAUCGGACAGUUCUCUUCCCCACCGGCCCUUGCCCGUUCCUCAUAUUUGUACGGUACAAGCAAUAAAGACUCUGUUUCAGACCGGGCCCACCACCCAGGGCCUUUCCUUGCUUGUGGAAUUCAGCCCCAGGUAGAGGUACCAGCUGCCUCCUGGUCCCAUUGCUUUGUUAGGUAGGGCCUUUCAAGUCGUUGAGGAAGAGAAGGCUUCUCAGGUGGAGGUGUUGUCAAGCUCAGGCUGGGAGGAGGGCAGGGGCGGGUAGUGCUGGGGGUGGAAGUUGCUGAGGAGUUUGGGAGACUCCCCGGGCCUGGGGUGGGAGUCCAGUGGACAGAGACCAUCCCAGGCCCUCAGAAGCUGCUCAGGUAGAAAGAGGUGGGGUUGAAGGUCAGGGUUGGGCGGCUCUGAACAAGGCGGGGGUGUGAGGGCAAGCACUUUCAUGUUCCCUGGUGCUUGAGCCCUAGAGCAGGCAUUGCCUGCUCAUCCCCCACACCUGUUUAUGCUAAACCGGGGGCCCCCCCUCCCCGCGUUCCCAUACAGAUUCCUUGGCCUGUCUUUGGGAUUUGUGGUGGCCGUCAGCUGGGAACACCUCAGGUUGCGUCACAGCCCUCACAGCCCUGGGAGUCCCCUGACGGGCUGGUCCCAUGCUUGAAUUACUCCUCCCAGACCUUGGGACCAGGGUGGCUGCUGCACACAGGUGAACUUCAUACCUGAUUUUGCCAGAAGCUAAGGCUUUCCAUGCAUGGAGUUUUUGAGAUCUUAAGUGAAGGUAGCAGAAAAGUUGAAUCCAAUUUAUAAAAAUCUGUGUUACCUGCAGCCAAGACUCAAGGAAUUUUUUUGAUUUUUUCCUAACUUCAUAUGGACAUUAUUUUUUAAAUUACAAAAGUAGGUCCUCGUUGUAAUUAGAAAAACAGCAGAGAGGACUAUAAAGAAAAGCCUUCUAUCUCUCCUCUAGGGGUGACUGGUGCUAGAGAGCGUCUCUUUUCACACAGCCACUCCCCUCUCCCGUGUGGGUCUGCCCCUGGGGACCUUGUCUUACAUUCCUCGGAUGGGCUCCUGCAGGUUAAUCAACUGCUUCCCCCUGUUGAAUGGAAUGUCCUUAGAUGCAGUGGUGCUUCUUAUUUCUGUAGAACUUUUCCCAAACAGGGAGUUUUAGGUGGAAGAGUUUUAAUAAAUUUUACCAGUUCAAAAA